CAGUAACUAUAAAAUUGCAAAGUGAACCUUUUGAAAGGAUGAAAAAUCUUAAAUUUCUUUUAGUUAAAAACGUACACAUCUGUGAAGAAUUUCAAUAUCUCCCUAAUGGGUUACGGUUACUUGAAUGGCCUGGAUUUCCUUUUUCCUGGCCAUCUAAAUAUUGUCCUCAAAAGCUUGUUGCACUCAAUAUGGGAAGGAGUAAUCGCAUUAGAAUGGAGACAAUAUUCAAGCAGGGUAUCCAAUUUAAAAUUUUAAAACUUAUCAAUCUUAAGGAGUGUAACUCCAUUAUAGAAUUCCCUGAAUUGUGUGCCCCAAACCUAGAGACACUGAACCUUUCUUUUUGUAAAAAAUUAGUUAUGGUUCAUGAGUCCGUUGGAUUUCUUGAUAAGCUAUGGAAAUGGGACCUCGCAUUCUGUGAUAGUCUUCAAAAUCUUCCAAACAACCUCAGGUUGAAAUCGCUCAAAGAGUUUAAUCUUUCUGGAUGCUUUAAGCUUGAAAAAUUCCCCAAUAUUCAUCCAGAAAUGAAACGUUUAAAGAAUUUAGAUUUAUCUCUAAGUGGCAUUAGGGGGUUGCCCUCAUCAAUCGGGUAUCUUACUGCAUUAGAAAGCCUUGAUAUACAAAAUUGCAAGCAGCUACGACAAAUUUUGAGGCUUCCACAAUUUAUAAAACGUGUAGAAGCAAGUAACUGUCCGUCAUUAGAUGCACAAUCCUCAAGCAGAUUAUUGAAUCAGAUUGGUGAAAUUAUAUGUGAAGGAGAAAGAAGCUACAUAUUUGUGGAUCCACCGUCAUUAUUAAGUAGAUAUUUGUUCCUUGAUGAUACGGAUAAGCGUACUUUCAAAAUUAGGGGAGAUUUCUUCUGUUUGGAUGAUACGGAUAAUCGUAGUUUUAGAGUACCAGGUACAGAGAUUCCAAGGUGGUUGGAUUCCAAGCAUCAAAAUAUUGGAAAUUCCAUAUCAUUCCGUGUUGGUCGCAAAUUUCCAAAUGUUUUUGCCGUCUAUUUCGCUUUUGGACAGGUGCUGGAAUUAUCCUUGAGUCCAGGUUUUGGUUUCUGGGUUUACCUCUCCAUUAAUGGUUUUGAAAAAGUUUGGAUUAAUAGCAUUUCGCUUCGUCGUUAUGCUUCUGAUACAGUGUGGAUAUUUUCUAGAUCACAUCUCAAAUUACAGAAGCUAUUGAAUGAAUCAAAUCCAUCUGAUUACAAUCACGUUGAGGUUACAUAUGAAUGGGACAACAACAAUGGUUCUUUUGAGCUUAGAAGGUGGGGGUUCAAUGUAGAAUGUAUCUGUUGUCCUCAAAAAUCUAGUAUUUCGUCUUCAAUGGCCCUUACCCUUGUUGACAAUGAUUCUGACUCCAAUCUGAAUCUACCAUUAAAGAAGAGGAGAAAAUAUUGAUUGAAUUCAGAAGAUAUAUGCUAAGGUUUGUUUCUCUCUCUCUGCCCCCCGGGCUUUUGGACCCUGAGUGUUUCUUGCUCUUGAAUUUUCUAUUUGAAGAAGCUCCUCUAUGGUUGAUGUAAUCUUCCAUUGAAAUUCCCAAGUUAGAUGAAUUGUCUGAUGGUUCAGUUGGGAAUUCUACUACUCCAUCAAGGGCACCUAAAUCUGCUACCAGAAAAUUUAUGGCCAAUGAUUCUAUUCUUUAUGGCAGAUAACUCGAGGAAUUUGUUGAGCUUCAGAGCUUGGGACUGAAACCGAGCAGUAGUUCCCAACUAGAGCCAUGCUUGACUCAUGUUUACGGUGGGUCUUAGCAUUGGAACGGAGAAAUAAUUUUAAAUUUGUAGGAGUUGGAAAAAACAAAACAAGUCAUCUUUAGUUUUUGUUGUAGUUAGAUUUUGAUUUUUGUCAAUGGAUAGCUAAUUAUGAUUUUGGGCCAGUUGAAUAUAAAACUACCCUGAUUUUAGUCAAUUGAUAACUAAUUAGUUGUAGUAUAUCAUGACAUAAGCUUCCACAAAUUCAAUGACACCAUUAGUCUCUCUUUCAUGAUCUGAUCUAUCAUUCUUUAUGUGAGAAUUGUAAUUCAAAUAUAUGCUAUAAUGUAAUGUGACCUGUCAUGUUCCUAGAGCUAUAGGAGUUGAAGCAACUUCAUGAACAU